CUGGCUAUCUCGCUUUGCGCCGCCGCCGUACAACAACAACAGGAAUUCCUAAGCCCUGUAAUACCUCCACUUCAUUCGUCUGACUGUUUGCUCUCCAUGGGUCGGGACGAGGGCAAGCACUCGUCGAAGCGGCGAUCGCACGACAUAACUGCCGACCAGGAGCAUCACCGCAAGAAGCGGCACAGGGAACAUGGCGAGGACGGCGCACGGCGCAAAGAGAAGAAGGGUAGAAAAGAAAAAAAGGCCUCAGGGAGCACGAAGAUUGUAGACGAUGAUGUGGACGACAACGACAUGUGGGUCGAGAAGAACAUUGACUUGGAAGGAGAGAUUCCGCUAGCAACGGAAAUACCUACAUCAGAAAGCUUAAAGCUUAAAUCACGAGCUGCUGAACUCCCGGGCGACCCACCGCCUUCAAAGCCCGUCGCCAGCGAGACGAAGUUGGAACGUGAUGCGUGGAUGCUCGAACCGGCAAACGUUCUGCUGACGGUACCGGACAUUGAGAAGCGCACGAAUGAUGCAACAAUCUACUCGGUCGAGAAUCUCCCUGAAGGCUAUGAGGAGUCCCCGACAACGAAUCCUCCUGCGGGAACUGUCGACUUCUUCGCGAACCUUGGGACAGAACAUAGGCCUAAGAAGCAACCAAAGGCCGGCCCGACGGAGCCUAAAGUCAGCCAUAGAGAACUCAACGUUCAGCUGAAAGAAGGCAAGAGUUUAGACGAGUAUUCUGCUCCUCAAGCGAAAACAGUCACUCCAGGAGGGCCAGGCUCACAGUGGCGUAUGAUGAAACUGCGUCGCGUGUACGAGACAGCGGAAGAGGAGGGCAAGUCCGUCGAGGAAGUCGCGCUCGACCGGUUCGGCUCGCUCGAGAAUUUCGAGGCCGCGAAGGAGGAGCGCCAGAUCCUAGACGAACGCGAAGGCCGGCGCGCGAACCGCGCCGUGCAGGGCCAGAGCAAGGGAAAGGAACCGCAGGGCGAGCGGUUCAUGUUCACGAACGUCGGCAUGAGCGGGUCCUCGAGCAGGAGCGGGUCGUUCAAGCGGCCGGGUCUCGACGGGAGCACGUCUUCGACACCGUCGCCCGCGCCUGACGCAAGUCGAAAGAAGUUCGAUUCACUCCGCCUGCCCUCGCAGGGCGGCGUCGGCUCAAAGCUCGCUCAGGUGCACACGCCGGUCCCGUCGGUGAUGACGCCGACGGGCGUCAUGGCGCAGCGGACAAAGAAGCGGGCGAUGUCACCGUCCUCGCUCAACAAACUCCAGGCGAAGGUCCUCCGUGCGAAGCUGAUGAGCGACCCGAAUGCCGAGGUGCUGGAGAAGGAGUACGAGGAGGAGCUGAAGCGGACGAACGAUCCCAGUGCUGAUGAGGUCGGGCUGUUGCCCACGCUGGACGUGCACGGGAACUUGUACGAUGUUGAGCAACGCGACCCGAAGACUGGCGAGAUCAUUCGCAUCAACGCCGACGAUGACGACAUCACACUCGGCGAGAUGCUGCGACAGGAGCGGUUCAAGUCUGGGGCUGCUGACCAGAAGAAUCUGGACGAAGAGUUCGCACGAGCAAUUGCUACUGAUAGCGGCUUCGUUGCAAACUUAGACUACAUGGAUGACAAUGCGGAGAAGCUCGGUCGUAAGAAAAUGCGUUCGGAUGCCAUGAAGAGGCAGUUCGCCAUCAAUGAUUACAAAAAGACACAGCAGGUCCUUGCCACGU